AUGAAGCUUUUAUUCAAACUGCUUCUACAGCUCGUGCGCUGCGCCAGCGCUCUGGACUCCGAACCAAACGACCCGGAGAAACUCUCUCCUACUUUAGACUCCCAGCAGCAGCAGGAGGAGAAGGAGAAGGAGAAAAGCUUAGAAAUCAAAACCCUGAUCCCGGAGCACCUAAGCCCAGACGUAUGCGGGAAGGACCAGGGUCUUUUUCGUGGUGCAGCGUUGGAGGAAGUGGUGGACUCCGGUUUAAAUGUCCUGAGCCAUCUGGACAACCACGGAUCAUCACCCGGACACGUGCACAACCUCCACGUGGACGAGGCCCACGUGGGCAGUGGUGUCGUGGACGCAAAACGGGUGGAAAAGGGGACUGUCAGAUCGCCUUCCAAUGCAGAUGCAGCUGGUUCGAAGCCGACUUGUGUGGUAGCUAAGCCGGUGGAGGAGCAGGUUUUGGAGUGGUCGUACAGAGCAGCGAGUCUGCUUUUAAGGAAGUACAAGGAGCUGGAGCUGUUCAAGAAGAUGGUGCAGAAAUCAGCGGACCCGGUGUUGAUCUACAACUUGGACCACAUCCUCCUCGAGUGCAACCUCUCCGCCCUACGCACCCUCAAGUACCCCUCCAAAGCCGCGCUCUCCCACGCCAUGGCCACCCCAGGCUACUCCAACCCACUCUCGCCGAUCCGACAGCCCGACGGGCAGCUCUCGGAAGUUCUUGCGCUGGAAAUCGGGAGACAGACGGUGGAGAAGGGGCAGAUGGUGCUGAACUGGGUGCACCUGGCGCGGGAUGGGACGGAGGUGCCGGUGCAGAUUCACGUGCAGUGCGUGGCGGUUGGGGAAGAUAAGUUUUUUGUGGCGAACUGGCAUGAUCUGACGGAGAUUAAGCGGCAGGAGGAGGUGUUGAGGAAGGCUAAGGAAGCUGCGGAGGCGGCGAGCGAAGCGAAGAGCCUGUUCCUGGCGAAUAUGAGCCACGAGAUCCGCACGCCCAUGAACGGCGUGUUGGGGGUGGCGGAUCUGCUGCUGCGCACGCCACUCACAGUGGAGCAGCGCUCGUACCUCGAGAUCAUCCGGUCCUCUGGAGACAAUCUACUGCGGAUCAUAUCCGACGUGCUGGAUCUCUCCAAGAUCGAAUCGCAAUCCCUGGGUCUGGAGAGCGUCGCGUUCUGCCUUGAGACGUGCAUCAAUGAAGCCACGGCGCUGCUCUGCGUUGCUGCCUCAGAAAAGGGUGCUGGUGGUAUGUGGUGGGUGGCACUCGCUUUCCCCUUGUUGGAGAGCCGAGUGGCUCCGGACGUGCCGCGCUACGUGAGGGGCGACCCGGGGCGACUGAGGCAGAUCAUUCUGAACCUCGUCUCCAACUCCAUCAAGUUCACCCAGAGUGGCGGCAUUCAAAUCGUGAUCCGCCGCGCCACAGAGGACGAGGUCGCGCGCGUGCGCAAGACUAGAGCUGCUACUGCCGCCGCUGCUGCAGGAGAGGGCGCGGACGCAGCAGCAGCAGGGGCGGGGGAGAGGGGGGACGGGGGAGCAGCAGCGGGGGUGAAGGGGGAAGAAGCAGCAGGGGCAGCAGGGGAGUGUAUGGCGCGACAGGGGGACGGGCGGAGAGGGGGCGACGCCUCCACGUCUCGUCGCUACGGGGGCACGGGGCUGGGCCUGGCGAUUUCCAAGUCGCUGGUGAACCUCAUGGGGGGAGACAUUCACGUGAGCAGCCAAGUGGGCGCGGGUUCCACCUUCGCCUUCACCAUCCAGCUCCCCGUCUCCACAGCACAGCUCUGUGCGCUCGCUGGCAACGGCGGGCUCAUGGCCCGAGACGACUCUCUUGCAGGUUCGUCAGCCGAUGCCUCAGGAGCAGGGACAUACGGAGGCAGAUCACGAAGCGUGAAGUCUGGCACUGCUGCUGCCGCGACCGCUACAGCCACAGCCACGGCCGCUCCCACUGCUGCUCCGGGGUUUUCCACGGGGGGUGGAGAAGGGUUAGGGUUGGGGUGCGAGGAGGAGAGGAAGAGGAGGAGGAAGGGGCUGGCGUGUUUGAUAGCGGAGGAUAAUAAGGUGAACCAGAUGGUGGUGGUGCGCAUGCUGAGGGGGCUAGGCGUGGUGUCGGAUGUGGCUUCCAAUGGGGAGGAGGCGCUGCGGGCGUGCGAAAAGAAGGACUACGAUGUGGUGUUCAUGCUAGAGCAAGUUGUGUGCUUGAUGGCGGAGGACAACAAGGUGAACCAGAUGGUGGUGGUGCGCAUGCUGAGGGGGCUGGGCGUGGUGUCGGAUGUGGCUUCCAAUGGGGAGGAGGCGCUGCGGGCGUGCGAAAAGAAGGACUACGAUGUGGUGUUCAUGCUAGAGCAAGUUGUGUGCUUGAUGGCGGAGGACAACAAGGUGAACCAGAUGGUGGUGGUGCGCAUGCUGAGGGGGCUGGGCGUGGUGUCGGAUGUGGCUUCCAAUGGGGAGGAGGCGCUGCGGGCGUGCGAAAAGAAGGACUACGAUGUGGUGUUCAUGCUAGAGCAAGUUGUGUGCUUGAUGGCGGAGGACAACAAGGUGAACCAGAUGGUGGUGGUGCGCAUGCUGAGGGGGCUGGGCGAGGUGUCGGAUGUGGCUUCCAAUGGGGAGGAGGCGCUGCGGGCGCGCGAAAAGAAGGACUACGAUGUGGUGUUCAUGGUGGGAAUGGAUCACUUUCUGACCAAGCCGGUGCGGUCGAGCGAGCUGGAUGGGCUGCUGCAGCAGGUGGGCAUGGACCACUUUCUGACCAAGCCUGUGCGGUCGAGCGAGCUGGACGGGCUGCUGCAGCAGGUGGAGCGGCGGAAGCUGAUGCUGGAGCAGCGCGAGGAGCAGGAUAGGAAGGCAGAGGAGGAGAGGAAGGGAGAGAAAGGAAACGAGGGGGAAAACAGAGGGGAGGAUGGAGGAGAGAAAGGGGAACAGGAAUGUUUGAGGUGA